AUGCCACUCUGUCUCACCUUCAUCGACUUAAAGAAGGCCUUCAACUCAGUUGAGACGGAGGCAGUCGCAGAAGUCUUGGACAACCAAGGCGUCCCUACUCAGUGCAUUAAGGUACUUCGAGAGUUGUACAGCAACUUCACAACUGGAAUUUCGCCAUUCUACAAGAAUAUCAUAAUUGACGUUAAGAGGGGGGUCCGACAGGGUGACGUAAUCUCACCCAAAAUAUUCACAGCCACCCUCGAGAACCCAGUGUGA